AUGGCAGAACAAGAGGAAGAUUACUCGACCUUGCCAAUAGAAACAAGAGCCACUCAUAAGGUCUGGAAAGUCCGAUUGGCUGCUUACGAAGAUAUGAAAAAUUCGUUUACAAAAUCCAGCCACGAAUCCGAUGAAUGCUUCAAACCUUUUCUCGAAGACCCAAAUGUUUUUAAAAAAAUUGUCACCGACGCCAAUGUCGUAGCCCAAGAAGCUGGUCUGGCCGCACUGGUCGCCUUUCUAGAGUUUGGCGGCCCACAAUGCUGUCUGCGUCUUCGAAGCCAUAUCGUUCCACCAAUGCUCGAAAAAACCAUGGGUUCAACACGUACCGGUACAAAACAAAACACCCUCGAUGCUUUGCUCUUUUUCAUCGAGCUUGACGUGGCCGAUCCUGUCAUUGAAGACAUGAUACCAGUGCUUUCUCACAAGACUCCUAAAAUUGUUACAGGUACUACCCAUGCGCUUGUUGAAAUCAUCAAGGCCUACGGUUCUAAAACUGUUCCAUGCAAAUCAAUUGUUCAAGUUCUUCCAGCACUUUUUUCCCAUGCGGACAAAAACGUACGCGCAGAAGCACAAGCUCUCUCAGUUGAACUUUACAAAUGGCUAGGGGAUUCGCUAAAAGAAUUGCUUUUACCCAAUCUUAAACCCGUCCAGCAAAAGGAUCUUGAGGCAGAGUUUGAAAAAGUCAAAGGUGUUGCUCCACAACAAACUCGCUUCUUGAGAUCCCAACGUGAGUCCAUGGAUAGACUCGAGGCCAGCGGCAUUGAUAUAUUAAACAAUGGAGAUAACACUGGUGUGGAUGAGGAUAAUGAUGUGGAAAUGGACUUGUAUGAUCCAGUCGAAGUUUUAAGCAAAAUACCCAUGGACUAUGAAAAACGUGUUUCAUCAUCAAAAUGGCAGGAACGUAAAGAAAUUCUGGAAGAAAUCUUUGCAGUCGUUAAUAUACCACGUAUAGAAGAGGGUGACUAUGGCGACAUUAUGCGGGUCUUGGCCAAGUGCAUGAAGGACGCAAAUAUCCAAGUUGUCACCAUUGCUGCCAACAUUUUUGAAGCAUUGGCUAAAGGUCUCAAGUCUUCUUUUGCACGAUAUGUUCCUGUAGUUUUGAGUCCAGUACUUGAGCGCCUUAAGGAAAAGAAGGCUUCCAUUUCAGAGGCCCUUGGUAAGGCUUUGGAUGCCAUGUUUAACAGUUCGUCAUUGUCUGAAAUUCUUGAGGAAACAAUUACAUUUUUAAAGCACAAGACUCCACAAGUCAAGAUUGAGACUGCAAAGUUUUUAACCCGGUGCUUGUCAAAUACCCGUGCCAUGCCUACCAAUCAGGAAAUCAAACUUAUUGCAGAAGCGGGUGUUGUCAUGCUCUCUGAUAUGCAAGAACCUGUUCGCUCGGAGGCUGCACAUGUACUUGGAACCCUGAUGAAAAUGACUGGCGAGCGUGCCAUGAUUCAAUUUUUAGAAAAUGUGGAUGAUAUCAAAAAGGGCAAAAUUAAAGAUGCGUUUGAAACAGCCCAAGUCAAAGCUAAACCUGGGAGAUCAGCGGCAGCACCACCACCACCACAUCCAGCGACAACCACAGCAGCAACCAACUCAUCGACAGCAUCUUCAGCAGCUGCAAUAACACCAAGACCACGACCUGGAGGCAAGCCUGUUUUACGCAAGAAACUUGUUCCUGCCUCAACAAGUGGUGGUGCUUCUACGGCUCCCACAGCAAGCAAGCUUAGAACAGCAGGUGGUCUUGUGCGACGUCCUGGUGUCGGCUCUGCUAGUCCAGUAAAGGCUCGCCCAGAACCUUCAGUGGAGCAAUUACCACCACCACCACCAUCACCCCAACAACACCACCAACAACAACAUCAACAGCAUGCUGCUGCACCUACAACACGACCUGGGCUUGCAAGCCGUACUGUUGGUGGUGGCUUGACUAACAGGCCAAUUGCAUCUCAAGCAAGGGGGGGUGCAACUACCGGAGGUGCUACAUCUAUGGCAGCAACAGACUUUGGAAUCUCUGCACAAGAACGACAAGAGCUUGAGAAACUGCGUGCAGAAAAUCAAGAGCUUCAAAGGGAACGCGAGCAUUUGCAAUGGCAAGUUCAAGGAUUUAACUCUGAGAAGAUGGCAUUGAUGCAAGAAAUCAACAAUCUACAAUUUAAGAAUGCACAACUUGUGGAUGAACAUACCCGUGAUGUUGUAUCAAUCAAAAGCAAGGAAACCCAACUGGUACGAGCACAAUCGGAUCUUGCGGCUGCACGUGACCAACUUACGGUACUUAAACGUGAAAACGAGAGUUUACGAGCACGAGGGGUAGACCAACAACAUCACCAUCACGAUCAACAAGGAGAAAUUUCCUACAAGUCCAUGUUUGGCGGGAAUAAUGGCGGGGCCAUGACAUCGCCGAUGAGACACUCGUACUUAGAAUCUCCACGGCGCAAAGUGCCAACCGCAGUGCCUUCCUCUGGUUAUGGACGAUUAGAUGAAGGCAGUAGUCUUCAGUCUAGAGCGGCAGUAGGAGUGAGUUUACAUGUAAGAGCCUCUAGUGUUGAUGCCAUGGAUAUUGAUAGCGAGGGGGUAGUUUCUGAUAAUAGUAUCAAUGGGAAUGGGAAUGGAAGCAGUGGUAACAGUGGAAGUAUAAUUGCGCCAACAAGUUCUCGACCCAGUAGGCUUCCACGGGCUCCUGGACUUGGACUGGAAUGUUUGGAGAGUGGUAAUGCGGGUGCAAAUGUUAGUGAUUGGCAGAGAGAGACGAAGCGGACAGAACAGUUGAAGGAUCGGUUGAAGCAGAUUCAGCAAUUGCAGCAACGGUCUGAGGAGCGUCGUCGGAUGAAGGAAGAAAUGCGUCGAUAG